AUGGCGGUGGUCCCCAGAGUGAUAGCCGCAGCAGCAGCAACCAACGCCACCUUCACCACCACCACCACUGCCUUACUCUUCAAAGGGACGCCAUUGCGAAGAUCUCAAGCUUUUAAUCUUAUCUUCAACAACAACAACUACAACAAAUUAGUACCCAAGAGGAGGCUAUUCACUUGCAGUGCUCUGUAUAAGCCCCAGAUUCAUAUCCAAGAGGAAGGCCAAUUUGAAACCCUAGACUACCGGGUUUUCUUUCUUGACAAUUCCGGCAAAAAGGCAAAAGAGCCGAUUUCAUCAUCCUUUAAGAUCUCUGAUCUUGCUUUGACGGGUCCAUCAGUCUCGACUUCGUCUUUGCAUUUAACAACCUAA